AUGAAUUCAAACUCAUCACCACCUGAGCCAAAUUCUCUUAUCGGUCAACCAAUUCUUGAAGGAUGGAUGUUGAAGAAAAAGCGCAAGAAAAUGCAAGGAUUUGCGAGGCGAUAUUUCUACCUCACCGAUCAACCUGCUACCCUCUCAUACUCUUUUUCACCUCAGUCAAGAAUCAGGGAUUCAGUGUAUAUCAGUCUUGCAUCAAUCUCAAUCUCUCGGCGUUCAAAGUCAAUUCAUAUCGAUUCCGGUGGCUCACUGGUCAUGCACAUCAAAACUCUUUCGGACUCUGACUUUGUACGCUGGACAAACAUCUUAAAGUCUCUCGUCACCAACGGCGGCGUCAAAGAACAUGAGCGUCGACAAAGACGUCGAAAAGCAGCGAAAAAGACUAAAGGCUCAGAGUCAAGUGGUGGACCUUGCCUCGGACUUGGUCUCAAUUUUGCGGAUCUCAAUGCUUUGAGGCCACUCGAUAUGUCUACAAUCUAUCAUUCGGUAUCUAAGAUGCAAGCUCCCCUCGUAGCCCUCGAAUCUAUACAAGCUCCCUUACGCGAUUUCUUACUCGCCCAUCCGGAGAACGCAUCUCCUCCAUUCUCUGACUCUGCAGCGAGUGUCGCUAUCGUCAACUAUUCCAACAUCUCUCCCAAUUCAUCAACACCUAAAGGAAAGAAACCUCAUUUGUUCCGCCAUCACAGCCAUCAAUCCCCUCAUGAUGGGCCCAAACUGAUGAAGACUAUCACCGAUGCCUUGAGCGAGCUCAGGGCAGUGCACCUUGGCCUUGUCGACCUUCUCAAUGCACAUUCUACUUCCAUCAAGAAUCAAUCAACUCUCUCUUUGACCACACCACCUAUUCCUCGUCAGGGUUCGGACACCUUUAUCAAGUCUGGUCCUGCACCUCCUGUACCCUCACAAUCGGGUCUGACAGCUACUUCCGCUAAACCACCAAACCGAUCCCUGAGUAUUCAGCGAAACGGUGGUGGUAGUGUCAGCCCAAAUGAGCGCAAACCGAGUCCAUGUCCUGACCUCGACGCAAAGUCAGAUAGCAACGACACUGAGAGCGACCUCACCUUCCAUGACGCAGCCUCGGAAGAGGGUGGAUUUGUAGAUCUAGAUGCCAUUCACCCGGGACAUGCGGAGGAGACCGAAUUCGAGUCAUUUGGAACCAGUGGUCAUGGCGGUGCAAUCAGCAGUGAUGACUCAGAGACGGACUCGUCAAGUGAGGCCGAUGAGCCGAGUCACCGGAGAACUGACAGUGUCCAUACGGUGAAGAGUCUCGUCAACUCCCAGCCUCUUCAACUUGCACAACGUCAUCGUCACCACCACCGACCAUCGGUAGCAUUGACCACACAGCACGUACAGAGACGCACGCGACUCCCAGCGAAAGUCUCAGGAGACGAAUUCAGUGUGUUUGCAAUGUUGAGGAAGAACGUAGGCAAAGAUCUUUCACAAGUAUCGUUUCCCAUCUCAUUCAACGAGCCCUUGUCAGCCUUACAAAAACUCUGUGAAGAGGUCGAGUACUCGGAUAUGUUAGUCACCAGAGCUGUGGCGAGCUCCGAUCCGAUCGAACGCCUCGUAUUCGUCUCCGCUUUUGCUGUCAGUGCGUUUUGUGCUACUAAAACUCGCGCAACGCGGAAACCAUUUAAUCCGAUUUUAGGUGAGACUUAUGAAUGUGUGAGACCAGAUAAAGGAAUGAAGUAUGUCUCUGAAAAAGUCUCACAUCAUCCUCCCAUCAUGGCAGCAUACGCUGAAGGUGACGGUUGGAAAUUUGAACUCACUUCAUCCAUUCGUCAAAAGUUUUGGGGCAAGUCAUUAGAAGUCAUACGUGAGGGACUCAAUCGAUUGACAAUUUAUGAGGGUGGUGCUACCAGCGGUGAGCCGUCAGGUGUCUUCCAUUGGGAUAAGCCUAGCUCGUUUGUGCGCAAUUUGAUGUCCGGUACCAAAUAUCUUGAACAUAUUGGCAAAGUAACGGUAUCAAAUGACCUCGGGCCAGAAAAAGCCACAAUCGAAUUCAAGCCAGGAACGACCUUUGGGGGUGAAGGAUCUCGAAAUAAGGUAGAAAUCAAAGUCAUGGAUGGCGAUGGUGAAGUACAAGCGACUGUGGUAGGAAAAUGGGAUAGCGAAUUAGUACGAUCAGACACAGAUGAGUUGGUGUUUGAAGCCAAUCCAAUGCCUGAGCGUGCAUCGGAUUAUUAUGGCUUCAGUAAAUUCGCAAUUGAAUUGAAUGAAAUCACAGAAGAUUUGAGACCAAAAUCAAGAUUAGCACCAACAGACUCAAGGUUAAGACCUGAUCAACGUCUGAUGGAAGAAGGAAAGAUGGACGAAGCUGAAGUCUUGAAAGAGCGACUAGAAGAACGUCAACGGGAGCGACGAAAGAAAGCAGACCAUGUACCGUUUUGGUUUGAAAAGUCACCGGGAUCUGAACAUUGGAUUUAUCGAGGUGGUUAUUUUGAGAACAUCGAGAAAUCAAAACCUGAAUGGAAAGAGUCAGAUCUCUUUUGA